AGAGAGAGAGAGAGAGAGAGUGAGAGCAUCAAAAUCGGUGUACCUAUUCGGGUGGAGGACCGUACUGAUCGACAGGAUCGGUACUGGUGCCGUUGGCGACGAAGUAGAAUCUCGAGGAGGAAGGAAAAGCAGCUGAAGGGAAGCAGCCACGCUUGGUGAGUUGGGUGAAAAUCGAUGGCCAUCAGCGCCCAUGGGCGGCCUCGCGUUUAGAACAAGGAAUAGCCCCUCCCAGAAGACCUCGCUCCGGUGGGGCGACUGCUGCCCCCCAAAUCCCAACCCUCCGUCGUCGUCGGCCGUCUGGAAGGACCAUCAUCAGGACAUGCCGCCGGUACCCGUGUGAGGCUGUCCCCCACUACUUCGUGAUUGUACCCCUCGGGGUCUUCAGAGGUAUCCGAAUCUCCCAAAAUCAGAUCGACCGCCAUACUUCUCGGACUUGCGUCUCCGUCAGUUCGAGUUCACGCAAGUGGACCCGUACUCCCCGAAGAUGAUCAACUUUGCCGGUCUCGUCUCAAUCGUUCUGUUCUACGUGCUGAUCCUGGCCGUAGGAAUAUGGGCGGCCAGGAAGAAGGAAACUGGCAACGAUUCCGAGGAGGAAGUGAUGCUAGCUGGUCGUUCGAUCGGCCUGUUUGUCGGGAUAUUCACGAUGACAGCGACCUGGGUCGGCGGUGGUUAUAUCAACGGCACCGCCGAAGCGAUCUACACGAGGGGCCUCGUUUGGUGUCAGGCUCCAUUCGGAUACGCCCUUAGCCUCGUUUUCGGUGGUAUAUUCUUCGCGAACAAAAUGCGAGAACAGGGGUACAUCACGAUGUUAGAUCCUCUUCAAGAUGCGUUUGGCGAACGUAUGGGAGGUCUUCUGUUUCUUCCUGCCCUCUGUGGCGAGGUCUUCUGGGCCGCAGGUAUUCUGGCAGCCUUGGGCGCGACGCUGGCGGUCAUCAUCGACAUGGAUCAGGGUGCCUCGGUCAUUUUGAGCGCCUGUAUCGCUGUUUUCUAUACACUCUUCGGAGGUCUUUACUCUGUUGCUUAUACCGAUGUUAUUCAACUUUUUUGCAUCUUCAUAGGAUUGUGGAUGUGCAUUCCAUUCGCUUGGGCUAAUCCGAAAGUACAAUCUCUCAAAUCCAUGGAGGUGGACUGGAUCGGCGAGGUGAAACCAGAUGAGUAUUGGUCUUACAUAGAUUAUGGACUUUUAUUGAUAUUCGGCGGCAUCCCCUGGCAAGUAUACUUUCAACGGGUUUUAUCUUCGAAAACGGCUGGAAGAGCGCAACUGUUGAGUUACGUGGCUGCGGCGGGCUGUAUGCUCAUGGCCAUCCCUCCUGUUCUGAUUGGCGCGAUCGCCAAAGCAACGCCUUGGAACGAGACAGGAUACAACGGUCCAUAUCCUUUGACCGAAACAGAAACAAGCAUGAUUCUGCCAAUGGUUUUGCAGUAUUUGACGCCAGAUUUCGUUUCCUUUUUUGGGUUAGGCGCAGUGUCAGCAGCGGUGAUGUCUUCGGCGGAUAGUAGCAUCCUUUCGGCUAGUUCCAUGUUCGCCAGAAACGUUUAUAAAUUGAUCUUCCGUCAGAGGGCGUCGGAAAGGGAGAUCAUCUGGGUGAUGAGAGUGGGAAUAGGCGUGGUCGGCAUAUUGAGCACGGUGAUGGCAUUGACGAUACCCUCGAUCUAUGGCCUUUGGUCGAUGUGCUCGGACCUGGUCUACGUGAUCCUCUUCCCUCAGCUGUUGAUGGUGGUCCACUUCAAAGAGUACUGCAACACUUACGGCAGUCUAGCCGCGUACAUAAUAGCCUUCGUUGUGAGGAUAAGCGGUGGCGAGCCGUUGAUGGGCCUGCCCGCGCUGAUUCACUAUCCGGGGUACGACGAGGAGACGGACACGCAGUCGUUCCCAUUCAGAACGAUGGCGAUGCUAAUGUCGUUGGUGACGUUGAUAGGCGUGUCGUACGGCACGCAGGUAGCCUUCCUCACCGGCCGGCUGGCGCCUGGUUACGACGUGUUCAGGUGCGUGGUCAACAUACCGGAGGACGUGGAGAGAGUCGGGCCGGAUCCGGCGGAAGGCGAGCAAAUGGCUGUCUUGGCUGCCGGUAUCGGCAGGCUAUACGGUAGCAAAGACGAAUCGCACGGCCGAGUCAAUCCUGCACUCGAGCCGGACUACGACAUGGAGCCGGGAUGCAAGACAACCGGGGAAACGGAUGAUGUCGUCCUCGGUGGCGGCGGGGGCGGCGGUGAAGCGCACCUGGUGCCCCACGGGCCGAACGUGCCGCGACAGCCGCAAUCCAGCACCGCGUUUUAAUUCCUGGUUCCGUGUUCGGAUGCUGUGACCAACAAUAAGUGCGGCGGUGCAGGGGCCCGUCUUCUGUUCUCCUACCCUUCAUUUCCUUUCGUUCCUUCCCUCUCCCGACCAUCUUGUGCCCGU